CCUCCACCUCCACCGCCUCUUUUGGCAACCGAGGCGGCGCGUUAGCAGUUUAUUAAGCCUCUCUCAGACGGAGCCUACCUCUUUAGCCUGCACAGCCCACGGUCCGCGGUGUUAGCUACAGAGCCGAAGAGCUGCAAGAGCGCGCCAUGCCGAUGAUUCUGGGCUACUGGGACAUUAGAGGGCUUGCCCAUAGCAUUCGAUUGCUACUUGAAUACACGGGAACAUCUUAUGAAGAUAAGUUCUACAGCUGUGGAGAAGCUCCUGAUUAUGAUAAAAGUAAAUGGAUCAGUGAAAAAGAAAAAUUGGGGCUGGACUUCCCUAAUCUUCCAUACUUAAUUGAUGGCAAGACCAAAUUGACACAGAGUAAUGCUAUUCUCAGGUACAUCGCACGCAAGCACCAUCUGUGUGGUGAAACUGAGGAAGAACUUAUCAGAGUGGACAUGCUGGAGAAUCAGGUGAUGGAUUUCCGUAUGGCCUUGGGGAUGAUUUCCUACAAUCCUGACUUUGUAAGUUGAGUCACCUUCAUUUCCAUUUUCUC